GGCUGGAGGUGGGGAACAUAGAUCUGUUAGUAUUAGUGUUGGGUAGUUGUCUUCAUUGUUGUUUGGCAAGAAAUUAGAAAAGAAGAAAAAUCCAAACAGCCCCUUAAAAGGUCGUUAGGAGUCUCUUUUUAGUCAAAGGGCACGUUGAUUGGAUAAAGUCGCCAUCAUUUCUGAAAACUGGUAAAGUAAAGAUCAUCCACUCAUUCCUCUCAAUCCUUUUACUGUCCAUCUUCACUAAUCUUCUACUCACUCGUCAAAUCGGCCGCCGAUGGCCGGAGCAGCAUCGCAGUUCCUCUUCCAUUCAUCUCCCCGCACCGCCAUCCGCCCUUCCCGCGCUUCUGCAAUUCGCGCCGGCGGCAACAACAACAACGGCAAAGAAACAGGAGAAAUUCGCGUCUGCACGAAUCGGACCUGCCGCAAGCAAGGCUCGUUCCAAACCCUAGAGAUUCUCACCGGAAUCGCUCCGCCGAGCGUGUCCGUCAAUUCCAGCGGCUGCUUGGGCCGCUGCGGCGCCGGCCCUAAUGUCGCCGUAUUGCCGCGAGGCCUGAUCAGAAACCACUGCGGCACCGCCGCCCAAGCUGCUUCCUUGAUGUGCGAAUCCAUCGGCGCGAGCUCUGCCGACGUGGCGAACACGCUGGAGGCGUUCACUAUUCGGAAGAGAGCGGAAGCGGAGAUGGAGAAAGGGGAUUUCGCAGAAGCCGAGAUCUUGCUCUCAAGGGCUAUAGGUUUGAAACCAUUUGGUGGACUUCACAUUAUGCUCAAGUUCAGGUUUGUUUGCUAAUGUGCUGAUGAACAUCUCAAACUACUGAUCACGAUGAGCAUUUGGGGGCGAACAAUAGAGAAAUUGCUUUAAAUCUCACUCAGAAUUUCUCCCCUGAAGGAAGGUCGGCUGCUAGAUUGGGGACGGGUGACAACUCGGGUGCUCUUGAAGAUGCCAGGAAAGCUUUGGAACUGGCUCCUCGAUAUCCUGAGGCUUAUUUGUGCGAAGGUGAUGCUUUCAUGGCAAUGGAGCAAUAUGAUGCAGCUGAGGAAUCGUACUCAAUUUGCUUGCAGAUAGAACCUACCAUGCGCCGCUCCAAGUCGUUUAAGAAGAGAGUUUCUAAUCUUCAAGAGAAGUUGACUGCUUCAGAGAUGCCUUGAGUGGGCAAUGGAGCCGACAUCUAAUAAAAUUGGAGCGACACGAGCAAACAGAUCCGUCACUGAUGUUAGUAGAUUGAAGUUUUGCUAUUCCCUUGUACUGUGUUAGUCAUGUUGUAACUGCAAUUUUCUUUAUGAAUGGGUUUCAACAAACCGCUGAGACACACACACCAUGGUUUUGACUUGUGACUACUUUGUGGCAAUUGGAAAUAUGAAAGGAUUCUUCAUUCAGUAGAGGCAUUCAUCUGCUGUCCCAGUUGGGAGCGCAAGCUGCCAUGCCUGUACAUUCUCUACCUGGAUAUGACUCCGAUUCAGCUCCCCCAGGAAAAUGCAAUGCCGAUUGAGGGAAGCGAUUCGCGGAGAAGCUGCAGAACAUCAAUACGUUUGGCAUCCUUCAGAGACUUCUGCCUGAAGAUUUGCAGGGAGAUGGAAGACAACCCAAAUAUAAUGUCACAUCAGCUGUGUAUCACAUAGCUUUGACAGGUUUAUUGCCAGAGAUCAUUUUCUCAAUCUACCAUAUAGUCAAGAUGCCACAAGCAAACUAUUAGUCAGCAAGAGAUUAACAUCCUCCAACAGCAGCUUCCUUGAAACUUUCUUGCACCAUCACCAAGCUCCAGUUGUCAUCCUCCAUCGAACUUGAGAAGAUCAACAUUUUCACAACUUCUAGUAUCUCUCGCAGCCAAAAAAAAAAAUCAACUGCUCAGUAG